AUGUGCACAGAAGGCGCAGGCUGGCGCUCGGGCUGGGCACGCCCUCUGGAGGCUUAUGCCCUAAUAAGGACAUCUAGGGCAUCCCGCGGCCGGGGGCGGAAGGAGCGCGUCUCCAGGGUAACUGCGUGGCCCCUCCCCCCGUUGCUCUGGGAAACUGCGAGUCUCGAAAAAGGUGGAGCUAGACUUCUCUUUAAGAGAGGCGUUUGGGAGAGGAGGGGGUCAAGCUUCGGCCUCCACCUGGAGCUCCUGCGACGUUGCCCAGGAGUGCAGCAGAAAGCCCCUGACUACAACUCCCGGCAUCCUCUGCGUGUUGCCUCGUUCCUGGGGAAGCGCCUCAUUUACACCCUUUAUUCUGCUUGGGCCCCAGUUUCGUUCGCCUCUGACUUGUUUCGACCUUGCCCUCUUUUUCUACAGAGUGUGAGGCCAUGGUCAUUGUUUCAGGUCAUUUUUUUCAAGCGCUGGGCCUCUUGCUCAGAGCGUUUUCUGGUCCAUUGCACCAAUGGGCUCACUCUCCGUGCAGCAGCCCACGCCUCUUGGGCCUCCGCCUCCUCUGCGCCUCAAGCUCUGCGGAACCCGGUAGCAGCUAGUUCUAUUUCGGUGCAAAAUCCCCGGACUUCACUUCCCGUCGGCCCGAGCGGCAAGCGCCGGAAGGCCGCCCCGCCCCUCAUUGUGCGGCUCCUACUAAACGGAAGGGGCCGGGAGAGGCCGCGUUCAGUCGGAUCCCGGCAGCAGCUGCGGCGGCUCAAGUCUUCGGUAGCUCUUUCUGUCUCCCUUUCGUUUCCGGAAACAUGGUGA